AUGGAGGCGGCUUGCCCGAAGCAGAUGAAGGCGACGUCGAACGGGGCGUGGCAGAAGGACAACCCUCUUGACUUCGCCCUGCCCCUCAUCAUCCUCCAGAUCUGCCUUGUCGUCGCCGUCACCCGCGGCCUCGCCCUCCUCCUCCGCCCUCUCCGCCAGCCCCGCGUAAUCGCCGAAAUCAUCGUACGUCCCUCUCUCUCUUUCUCUCUCUUCUCCACCUGUCCAUCGCCUCUUCCAGUGAUGGACACGACGACGGCGACCGCAGGCGGCCCAUUAGGCCCACCCACUGAUAAACAGUUUUCUUGCAAAAGCUAACGUCUUGUCGGGAGUAGAAAGCAGCUGACGCCGCCAUUGACGUCGCAGGGGGGCAUCCUGCUGGGCCCGUCGGCGCUGGGCCGCAGCGGCGCGUUCUCGGAGAAGGUCUUCCCUGUGCGGAGCCUGACAGUGCUUGACACGCUGGCAAAUAUCGGCCUGCUCUUCUUCUUGUUCCUGGUGGGGCUCGAGCUGGACCUGCGUGCCAUCCGCCGCACGGGGAAGAAGGCCCUGGCGGUGGCGCUCGCCGGCAUCUCCCUCCCCUUCGUGCUUGGCAUCGGCACCUCCUUCGUCCUCCGCGCCACCGUCGCCGUUGGCGCCGCCCACGGGCCCUUCCUGGUCUUCAUGGGGGUCGCCCUCUCUAUCACUGCCUUCCCCGUCCUCGCCCGCAUCCUCGCCGAGCUCAAGCUCCUCACCACCGACGUGGGCCGCAUGGCCAUGUCCGCCGCCGCCGUCAACGACGUCGCCGCCUGGAUCCUCCUCGCCCUCGCCGUCGCCCUCUCCGGCUCCGGCUCCGCGCUGGUCUCCAUUUGGGUGCUCCUCAGCGGCGUCGCCUUCGUGGUCUUCGCCUCGGCGGCACUGCGGCCCUGCCUGGCCUGGAUGGCCCGCCGGUCCCCGGAGGGGGAGCCCGUGAAGGAGACGUACAUCUGCGCGACGCUGGCGGCGGUGCUGGCGGCGGGCUUCGUGACCGACGCCAUCGGCAUCCACGCGCUGUUCGGGGCCUUCGUGGUGGGAAUCAUCGUCCCCAAGGAGGGCGCCUUCGCCGGAGUUCUCAUCGAGAAGAUUGAGGACCUCGUCUCCGGCCUCUUCCUCCCCCUCUAUUUCGUCUCCAGCGGCCUCAAGACCGACAUCGCCACCAUUUCCGGCGCCCGCUCCUGGGGCCUCCUCCUCCUCGUCAUCCUCACCGCCUGCCUCGGCAAGAUCGCCGCCACCGUCCUCGUCUCCCUCCUCCUCCGCGUCCCCCCUCGCGAGGCCCUCGCCCUCGGCUUCCUCAUGAACACCAAGGGUCUCGUCGAGCUGAUCGUCCUCAACAUCGGCAAGGACAGAAAGGUCCCACUUUCCUUCUUUCUCUCUCCCUCUCUCUCUAGCUCCCAUAUCUGCGGACAGACGCAGGAGACGAGUACGGUGAUGAGGAAAUGAUUCAUCCAUCCAUGCAGGUACUGAACGAGGAGACGUUCGCGAUCCUGGUGCUGAUGGCGCUGUUCACUACCUUCAUCACCACACCGAUCGUGAUGGCGGUGUACAAGCCGGCGAGGCGGGCGGCGCCGUACAGACACCGGACGGUGGAGCGGGCGGACGCGGGGUCGGAGCUGCGGAUCCUCGCGUGCUUCCACAGCACGCGGAGCAUCCCGGCGACCAUCAACCUCAUCGAGUCCUCUCGCGGGCGGCGCCGCCGGGGGGGCGUCACCGUCUACGCGAUACACCUCAUGGAGCUCUCCGAGCGGUCGUCGGCCAUCUCCAUGGUCCACAAGGCCCGCCGCAAUGGGCUGCCCUUCUGGAACAACAGGGGCCUCUCCGGGGGCGACGGCGACCUGGUGGUAGUCGCCUUCGAGGCGUACCAGCAGCUGAGCAGCGUCUCCGUCCGGCCCAUGACGGCCAUCUCCGACCUCGCCACCAUCCACGAGGACAUCGUCACCAGCGCCCAGCAGAAGCGGGUGGCCCUCAUCGUCCUCCCCUUCCACAAGCAGCAGCGCCUGGACGGCGCCAUGGAAUCGCUCGGCAGCUCCCUGCAGCACGUCAACCAGCGGGUCCUCCGCCACGCGCCCUGCUCCGUCGCCGUCCUCGUCGACCGUGGCCUCGGCGGCGUCGCCCAGGUCUCCUCCAGCGAUGUUUCCUACUCCAUCGCCGUCCUCUUCUUCGGCGGCCGCGACGACCGCGAGGCCCUCGCCUAUGCCCUCCGAAUGUCCGAGCACCCGGGCAUCGCCCUCACCGUCCUCAGGUUCCUCCUGGCGCCGGGGAACACGCUUACCACAACCUCCACCGCCACCCCCGCCGCCGCCGACGAGACGGCGGCGGACGACGCUCUCCUCGCCGAACUCCGCGCCACCGCCGCUGCCGUGUCCUCCGGCGGCACCACCGCCACCUCAGUGGCGUACGAGGAGAAAGUGGUGACCGGGAAGGAAGACAUCAUUGCCGCCAUCAAGGCGGCGGGGAGGUCCAAUCUCUUCCUGGUCGGCCGGUCGCCGCCCGUGGCGGCGCUGUGCAGCCGACCAACGGACUGCCCGGAACUUGGGCCAGUGGGCAGCUUCAUGGCGAUAUCGGAGUUCUCGACGUCGGCGUCUGUGCUGGUUAUCCAGCAGCAUGACCCCAAGGGGAACCUCCCGCUCCUGGUGGAGGAGGUGGUAGCAGCCGGCGACGGUGACGACGUCCCCGACACCCCGGACGUCUCUUCCCACGUCCGCCGCGCCGGAGUGAUGCCGCUCUGA